UUAUUACCAUGGAAGACAGCGGUCCAUCGAGGGAGAACCUUACGUGGACAUCAGAGCAAAUGGACUAUUUAGUCCAACUUCUUGUGGAGCAAUCCCGCAUCCCUGGUAUGAAAUCUGGUGGAGGAUUGAAGUCCAAAGCGUAUACAACAAUUGAAAAAGGCAUGAUAGACAAAUUUGGUCCAGAAUUCAGUAAAGAGAAAAUAAAAAACAAAUUGAAGUACUCCAAACCAAACUUGACAGUCAUGAAAGAAAUUUUGAAUACAAGCGGGUUUGGGUAUGACCCAAUCAACAAGUGUAUUGAGGUCGACCAACAAGUAUGGAAUGACUAUAUUCAGCAAUACCCGAACAGAAAAAAGUACAGAGGUCCCAAGUUAUGGAGAUACUUUGAUGAGUUCGCCGAGGUCUUCGGCGAUUCUCAUGCUACUGGAAAAGAGUCUAUCACAUUAAACAACAUCAUACAUGAGGACGUUGAAUCAGUACCACAGACACCUGCAUCCCAAUCCACUCCAACGUACAUGAAUCCUGAAUCUUCACACUCUUUCACACAAAUGGUCAAUGAAGAUAGUCCUCCACCACAAUCGCCAGUACCUCCUACACCUAACACUGAAAAUCCAAUGGCAACUAAUAGGACGACUAGUAGGUCUAAAAAGCAGAGGGCAAACAAUUAUGAGGAGUACUAUAACUUGUUGAACGGUAUUGCUCACAAUGUAGGUACAAUGACACGUACUUCUAAAGGGGUUCAAUUUGUAACAUGCUGUGAAAUCUUGCAAGAGAUGGUUCAAACCGGUGAUAUAGAUAGUCAAACACAAGUAAGGAGUAUGGAUAUGAUAGCAGAGGGCAGCAAUCCCAUGAUAUUUGUCAACCUUCCACCUUCAGAACGGGUGUCAUGGUUGAUGCGUAAACUUCGCAAUUAG